AUGUCGUUUUGGGUGGACAACUGGUCACCUUAUGGAUCGAUGGAGAACUUCUUACUUAGUACUUCUCAGUCUAGACUAGGAAUCCCUCAGACUGCUUCCCUUGUUGACAUGAAUGACGAUGGGAAUUGGCUACUUCCACCUGCUAGAUCAGAUGAUUGGCUACAACUUCAGAUUUACUUAACAACUGGCUCCCUCAAUCAAGAUAAAGAUUACUAUGAAUGGAUACUAGAAGAUAAGCCAACCAAGAAUUACAGUACUAGCGAUGUCUACAACAAGCUUAGGGGAGAUGAUCAAUCCGUACCUUGGGCGAAGGUAACCUGGAACAAAGGAGGAUUCCCUCGUCACAGUUUCCUAGCCUGGCUCUUUACCCUCGACAAGUGUCCUACUCGUGAUCGAUUACUUAGAUGGGGACUGCAGAGUGACUCCACUUGCCUCCUCUGUAAUGCGGCUGAUGAAUCAAGGGAUCCCCUACUCUUCGAAUGCUCUUUCUCGUGGAACAUGUGGUCUGCAGUGGCAUCAAAGUGA